GUCACGUUCCCUCGGGGAGGGAGUCGAGUCGAGGGGAGGGAAGAGAACUGAGGCUAACAACUGCAUAGGGGCCACCCUCAUUCAGGCCGGAAUGUUACUGAUGCACGGCUGAUUCUGACCACGAGGACGGAGCGGUGCUGGGAUGGGGGCCAGACUCCCGCACCGCUGUCUGUGCAUUUGGCUGGAUUUAAUGCUCUGGAGGGAAGUAGUAAUGGGAUUGUCUCUGAAAGACUAAAACAAGCAGAGUGAACCUGCAAGCUCCGUGACCUGUGGAUGUAUUUUGGAUCUUACUGCAGUUGUGGAAGAGGACACAAAGUAGAGAUGUCCUCCGUCCCACUGAGUUGAUGGUUUUCAGCUGGUCGUUAAAACACGUUUUUAAAAACUAAACCCAUGCAAGUAGCACUCUACGAUGUUUCAUAAGACACUCAACAUGACCAGCGACCAAGAUGGCGGCACAGUUCCUCAAGGCUUGCAGCUGGAACUCUCUUCAGAGAACCAUUCCUGUCCCUCAUCAAUGUUGCCUUCGCCUGAUUCCAACAGCAGCCUUUCCAUCAUCAGCGACAUAGAAGCCAGCAGCUCCCCUGACAUGCUGGAGUUCCGCCGCCUCCCUGAUAACCUGCUCAACACCACCUUCACGCAGGCUGACGUGCUCUGUGGUGUAACCAUGAACGCAAAUCGGACGUACACUGCCACAGCGGUUAAUGGCAGCAUGAAUUUCUGGAAUGGAAACUUGAAUCUGAUGAGCGGUGACGACGGUGGACCGCAAAAUUACCUCACUUUCUCUCAGUACUCAGACAGGGAAACCUUCACUACAGGCGCAGCGCCGCUGUCUGUCGGGAAGGACGGAUCCUGCAGAGGCUCCACGGAAAACGACUGCUGCUCCGUGAGCUCGGGGGAAAUGAUAGUGAGGAAUAACAGCUUCUGUCUGGACGACCAGGGGCCCGUGGAAGUGUCGUCCCUCGAUGAAGCCAUCUCUGUAACCGAUGAUAUUGGAGCGUUGCCUGCUGAAGCUGGCCUGCCUUCCACUACUCUGCCAGUUAUCUGUGAAAACUCCUCUAAAGGAAUCACGGAGAACAAACACAAUUCUUGUCUUAACAUGACUUUCACUCAGCCGUUGAACUGGGAUUGCCCUGCUGAAGAAAAUAGUAUUGCCUUAUCCCGCUCUACUGUAGAUCUGCCCACUGAGAAUGAAAGAGAUCUUCUGAAGACAUUCAUAUGUGAGACAUCAGCAAGUUGUGGAAAAGAGGAAAAAAUUGCUGGCGCUGAAGCAGAGCCGCUGCCUCAAACUUUGGGUGCUGUUGAUGUGCAAGAGCAAAGCGAGGCCUUUAACGCUGACUCAGAUACACCAGAAUGUGACAAAAGCAUCCAUUCUUCUACUCCAGUGGACACCCUUGUUAACGGGAGACCAAAACUAUCCUCCCAUCCAGAGUCUCCCUGCUGUGAAAGUCUUGGCUGCACGAAGAAGCAAAACGCCACUCCAAAACGGUGUGGCGUUGCGGGACAGACGCCUCUAGCCAACAAAGCCAAGACCGUGCAAAUCAAGAAGUUUCCCAAGUCGGACUUCAGUAAUAUUAAAUCUAAAAUUAUAACAAGAGCUUUCCAUCAAAUCGCAGCACCUGGUUCAACCUUGCAACGCAAAGCAUCGCAGGCUGAAAUGAACAAUGAAGCAACCAAAAGUGGAAUGACUCCCGCCAAAGUUCGGAAAGGUUCUCCAGUUGUUUCUACCAAGCCUAAACCAGUCGACUUUGCUGCCAAUGCGGCUGCACCCUUAAAAGCACUAAGCGCUUCAGACCAGCAGGGUGAGAGGAGAGGAUCACAGUCCGACUGCCGGCCAGCUGCACAUGACCAGGCUUCAGCAGCCCCGUGCAGUGAAGCCACCUGUGAAAGCGAGCAGACGGCUUCCCAGCACGCUGGCAGUGACACCGCCUGCCUGGAAAAAUCCCCUGCUAGAUGUGCCCAAAAUGGUGUCCUAACCGCUCCAAAAAAGGUUAUAUCAAGCAAAAAUCAGGUCAGGUCAGGCUCGGCUUUAGGUCAGAACAAGCCUUCUGUCAUUAAAACACUGCUUCGCUGCUCUUCUCUGGGCUCAUCAGCAUCUCAGACGCCCAAGGAGAAGAGAAGUACUCUGAAGUUCUCCACUGGUUUGACGAUUCCCAGUGCCAGAACUCGUCAGAAUCAGACAAAAGCGGGCAAUCUGAAGUGCUCUUCCCAGAAAGAACUGGCCGCACAGGCUGAGGGCGCAGAGACAGCGGCUGAAAACCCACCCAACAGGAUCGGCCUGGUGGAGGAAACUGGCAAAUCAGCGACCUCAGGAGCUUCAGGGGAUGGCACCAAGAGUAGGUUUCACGGGAGAACGCCCUUGCGGCCAACAAGAGGACCACUGCUCCCACAACAUCCGAAACCAACCCCGGCCAGGCUGCAGCUGGGAAGUCUGGGGAUGAUUGACUUUCGGACCCCCAAGGCUGGCGCUACACUUCCUCCAAAGCCACCGAGCAGUACAGGCAAGCACAAGUUGCAGUUGUCCCUGGGAACGCACUCGGCAGCAAGCGGCAGGCCCCAGCUCAAUGGACCUGGACCCUCUCAGACUCCCACUCGCGCCUCCCUUCUGGGCUCUCCCCGCACUCCGUCAUGGAGACCACCACGUAAGACCCCGGGGCCGGCGAAUGGCCCAGCUGACGGGACUCGCACCACUCAAGGUGGGCCUCGUUUGAUGAUACACUCUGUGUAGCAGCUGAUGUUUAGUCCCUUCAGGUUAUUGCAUGGAGAAGUCAGAGAAUCGGUCUCUCUGCUACAUGUUUGUGGCUCUUAAGGACACAUCUGGAGCAGAAGGGGAGGGGCUGCUGUUUGGUGAUUGACCCACUUCAGCUUGGUGGUAAAUCUCCCCUCGGGCAAAUCUCUCCCGGAUUUAAUGCCUCCACAUUUGCUGAAAUGAUGGUUUGCUCUUCACAAAUACAUUAUUAGACAUAUUAGUCAGAUUCCUUUAGAAUAAUGGGAACUCUAUGCCAGUGUUGAAACAAACGUCUUUUCCUGCUGAGCUUUAAAAGCUUCUAUUGAGAACUUACUGAUGGCUUGUUGUGUGAAGGGAAGAGGCACCCACUGUUCUACAGUCAUCUGUCUGCAUCCCUGACUCCUCAACAGCACGCCGCCCUGCCAUUGGCUAAUGGGAUCCAUUUUCCAAACUGGGGACCCCCCCCCCUUGUCUGGUAGUCAUGGUAACCGUUCCUAUUCCACUCUAGUUCACACACAGACCGUGUGUUGCCUGGAGGAGGGAAGACAGACAAGCACUACAACCGAUGUCAUCCGAGGUGGAUGGGAAUAUGAAAAGAGCAGCUUCCUGUGUUUUUUUUAAGAGUGAAAACCAAUGGCGGGGUACACUGGGCUCCGGAGCUGCACCUGGACUGAAUAUCCCGCUCAUUUUUUCAACAACUCCUCUUUACUUGCUGAAGGCAGCGCCGCAUCCAACUGUGAUCUCACCCUGUUGACGUGCCUGCUCAUUGGAUCCUACCGCUUCUGUAUCGUCCCUUUGUUAGCCGCUGUCAAUGGAAAAAAUUGUAACCUUUGGAGACGUAAGUGUGGCUGGCUGUUGAGGUGUCCACGGUGGCUUACUUACGAUUUUGAAUUUCUAUUGAUGUGAUGGACAAAGCUAAAUUUGAAGCUAAAUAUUGGGAUGUCAUGCUUCGUUUUGUUAUGAUUGAUCAAUUUUAAUUUGUCUUUCUUUCUUUUUUUUUUUUACCUUAUUUGAAUUCAAGGUUGCAUCCCAUGUGCCAGAA